AUGGGGGCAGACGAGCUAGCGAAGCAAGUGUCGUCAGAAGCAGGACCAACGAGUACAGACUUAAAAAUGGAAGUCCAGAAAUGCCCUGGGAUCGAAGAGGUCCUCACUUUCGCAAUCCAGAGUGAAAGCAAUUGGAUGACCCCAAUCUUGUCCUACCUCCAAGAUGGACGGCUCCCACAGGAUGUCAGGGAGGCUAGGAAAGUUAGGAAGAGGACAGCCAGGUUCACAAUCCUGAAUGACGCCCUGUAUAAAAGAGGUUUCUCCAUUCCUUACCUAAAGUGCCUCGAUGAGGGAGAAGCCGAAUACAUUUUGGAAGAGAUCUAUGCAGGAAUAUGCGGAGACCAUACAGGCCCAAGAUCUCUGGUAAGCAAGAUUAUUAGAACAGGUUACUUCUGGCCUACUAUGCAGAAGGACGCAAGGGAGUUUGUCAAAAGAUGA